AUGGCGAUCACGCCAGCUGCUCUCCUUGCCAGCCUCACCCUAGCAACCUUUUGGGCAGGGCUGGUCGUGGCCGGGCAACUCAAUAUCAAUCGCACUCGGUAUCCCGAUGUGCCGGACUACGGUCCUCGGCCAAAUCCUGCGUACAUGGUGGACAAUACGCAUAACCAGUUUCAUGUGGCCCCAGACAAAGGGACGCAAGAUGGGCCUGUGUGGGACUGCUCGGGCAGUUUCGAGGCAUACAUGACCGCCUUGAGCCAGGGGACCGUGGUACGCUGCAGCUAUGACACCAGCAGUAACGCGUCAAUCGAUGCGUCUCUCGUCCUGCCAGCAGUCAGCAGCAAUACCACGGUUCCCGGAAACGCGUCAAGAGCGGCCGGUACUAAUCCGCACAACUGGCUCGCCAGUCAUAGCGGCUCCACGCGCGUCGCAAAUGCCUCGCAGGUGGGCGGCAAGAUCAUUACCAACAUGACUGUUAACUACAAGACGGUGACCAAAUUCGCCACGGACGCAGCAGCUGGAUCAAGCUACUGGCUGACAAACCUGGCGCCCCUGGGCACGCAACCUCUUGCACCGUCCGGUUACGAGUUCUACCGGGACGUCGUGGCCGACUAUAAGGCCGACAACAAGGGCAAUACGGAUGCGUCGGAGGCGAUCAACGCCGCUGUCCAGGAUGGCAACCGUUGCGGCAAGUCGUGCAGCAGCACAAGCACGCUGGAUGCCAUUAUCUACUUUCCACCGGGCACAUACAAAAUCUGCUCGCCGGUUAUCCAGUUCUACUACACGCAAUUUAUCGGCGAUGCUAUCAAUCCUCCGACAAUCAAGGGUUGCAGCUCGUUCAAAGGCAUUGCCUUGUUUGACACCGACCCAUACAUUCCAGAGGGGUACAUGAACCAAAACCAAUUCUUCCGCCACAUCCGCAAUUUUAUCUUUGACCUCACCGACAUGCCCUCAGCCACCGACGACAGCGGCCAGGCCCUGGUGCCCACAGGCCUGCAUUGGCAGGCUGCGCAGGCAACGACACUUCAAAACUUGGUGUUCAACAUGCCCGUGGCCAAAAGCUCCAACAACGUGACGCACGUUGGCAUCUUUAUGGAGAAUGGCAGCGGCGGCUUCGUAUCUGGUUUGUUCCCCAUGUACAACAAUGCGCCGUGGAACGUGCUUCUAUGUGAUACAUUCAACGGCGGCGCGAUUGGUUGGCGUGCCGGAUCCCAACAGUAUACGGCGCGAAGUCUGACAUUCCGCAACUGCCAGCAGUCAGUCCAAAUGGUAUGGGAUUGGGGAUUCAACUGGCAAGACAUUGACAUUGAUGGUGGAACCAUUGCCUUCAACAUCUCCGGGCGAGGUGGCAGUACAAGUCAAGGAACAGGGUCUGUGUCGAUUCUCGAUUCUAGCAUCAGCAAUGUCCCGAUAGGGGUUCUCACGAAUACGGACAACGCGUCUCCUAACAUUGUACUAGACAACGUCAGGCUUACCAAUGUGCAGACUGCAGUGGAGACCGAAAAGGGUGGAAGUGUCCUCACGGGCGGUACCACAACCAUUGACCUCUGGGCCAUUGGCCGGCGCUACAACGGGUCGACAGGCUCGUACCAGACCGGCGCACUGACGGCACCGCGCAAAGCAUCGAAUCUUCUCGUGGGUAACAGUGCCGACAGCGCCAAUUUCGCCAAACGCCUGCUGCUUCUUGGUGGCGACGCGGGAUGGCGAUAUAAGAACGACGGCACGGGCGACCAGACAGCGGCCAUCAACAUGUUUUUGCAGAAGGCGACGGCGGCCGGGCAGGUUGCAUAUUUCCCGGCCGGCGUCUACCAGGUGGGCGGGACAGUGUUCGUGCCGACGGGGUCGCGUGUGCAGGGGGCCAGCUGGUCGCAGAUCCAAGGCAGCGGGUUCUUCUUUUCGGACCGACACCACCCACAGGUGAUGGUGCGCGUGGGCAACAAGGGCGAGGUGGGCAGCGUGGAGAUUGUUGAGAUGCUGUUCUCGGUCAAGGGCGCGACGGCCGGCGCCGUGCUGAUGCAGUGGAACGUGGCGGCGGCGAGCCCGGGAUCGGCCGCCAUGUGGGACUCGCAUUUUCGCGUCGGUGGCGCGGCCGGGUCCGACUUGGACGCAAAGACGUGCCCUAAGAACUCCUUCAACGAGCAGUGCAUCGCGGCCUCACUGCUGUUCCACGUCACCCCGCAGGCCAAUGGGUUCUUUGAGAAUGUCUGGGCCUGGGCCGCAGAUCAUGAUAACGACUUGAACGUCGACAGCGAGCCCGACGCCUCGGUCAACCAGGUCAGCGUGUAUGCCGCGCGCGGCAUGCUAAUCGAGUCGCAGGGUCCGUCAUGGUUAUACGGCACGGGCUCCGAGCACUCCGUUAUGUACCAGUACCAACUCUACUAA